AUGGCGACCCUCGCUGAGCACCCGAUACACUCCAACGCCUCUCCCAUGCCGACCAUGCCCACAAGCUACGACCAAGAACUUGACUCCUUUAUCAACUUCGACCAGCUCGCCUACUCGUCCGCCGACGCUGCCCGCCCUAAGGUCGCCUUGGCCAGCCAACCCUCGGUCGCAAGCACAGAUUUCAGCACCAGUGAUGCCCGGAGUGCUAGCUUCGCUUCCAGUGGACAAUCACCAAUCGCCUUCCAAGCCCCAAGCCAUCACUACGAAGAACAUCGUCAGCAGACUGGUCUGCCCCCCGGUGCCUUGUCGAUGACCUACAACCAACAACAAGUGGCACACCCUAUGAGCUUCAACGGAACCCCCGGCUUCCAGGUGAACGGAGACAUGUACACCCAGAUGAAGCGGGAGGAGGCUCCUUUCGACUUCAACGCUGCCCCGACCCGAAACCCAUCUGAGAUGGACAUCGAGUCCGAUGGUAUCAACUCCACCCCUUACUACUUCUCGACAAACCCCGGCAACAAGAGCCAAUACGUCGAUCCCAAUGCUCUCGGAGGCCAUGAGCUGGCUCAGGCUGGUCCGUCUACGCAGGUGGGUCGCAUGUACCCUGGUAUGCAUCAGCAGCAGGCUGCGAUGGCCAAGGCAGCCCAACAACAGAAGCACAACGAGAUGGUCCGCCACCAGAUGCAGCAGCGCCGUGUCGAGGAGGCCCCUACCCCCAUGCCCAGCCGUGGUCCCCGUAACCCCGACCCCGUCGUCGAGGAGCGCAUUUCUCGUCUCUUGCAGCAGAUGCGCGCUAAUGCCGUUGCUGCCGGCGAGGCUUCUCCUUCCCCCUCGUCUGGUCUUCCCCAGAUGGCCAAGGCCCGUAAGGAUGAGGCUGAUAUGGAUGAGGAUGAGCGUCUCCUGGCUUCCGAGGAGGGUAAGAAACUGAGCAGCAAGGAGCGCCGCCAGCUUCGCAACAAGGUUUCUGCUCGUGCUUUCCGCUCCCGUCGCAAGGAGUACAUUGGCCAGCUUGAGAGUGAAGUUGCCGCUCGCACCAACGAGGCCCACGAGGCUCGCCUCCAGAACCGUGCUCUUUACGAGGAGAACGCUCGCUUGAACGACCUGGCUCGAAUGCUUUUGGGAUCGCCUCACUUCGCCAACUUCCUGAACGAGAUGCCUGACAGUGUCCCUCCUCAGGUUCAGGCUCACCAGCAACCCCAGCAGCAGCCCCAGCAAGCGCCCGUGCCCAAGGAGGCCGCUGCUCCUCGGCCCCAAGAAUUCCAGAUGCAGCAACACCCCCAGCCCAACAUGGUCAUGGUCCCCAACCAGGGCAUGGAUGCCUCUAUGCUGAACAGCGGCUGGAACUCUGGAAUCGACAUGAACUACGGCAACACCCCCGUCUUUGCUGUUCUUGAGGUUCCCGAGGGUCCUGCUCUCGACUCUGAGGUUUUGUCUGGCAAGUCCUCGUCUAUCGGGUCAUCAGAGCCCGCCAAGGAUGAGGCUCCUGUCUUCGACCGCCCCGAGGGCGAGGCCGUGACUCAGAAGUCUGACAUCGGUGUUGCCAACCCCGAUGUUGAGAUUGACGAGUCUGACCCUGCCUUUGCUCUCUUUGUUGACUCUCCCGUGUCCUCUGCUCCUUCUGAUGAUCUUGUUUUCGAGGGUGUCCAGUCUGAGAAGUCGGUUCCCCACUACGAGCUUGUUGUGGAUGCCGCUCAGGCUUCCGCCGUCGCUCAUGCCCGCUUCAACUCCCUCUGCUCUAGCAUCGAAGCCGCCUUUGACCGGGUGUCCAUUGUCACAUCCCACCUCCAGUGA